CACAUGCGGGGCUUGUUGCUGCAGUGUACCCAACACGAGCACGUGCCAGGGACCGCACGUGCAACAGGUCGACGCAAGCACAGGUUUACGGCGGCAGUUUAUUCAGGUGCAGGUCUGAUGCAGUACUGAACAGGUAGAUGCUCUGGUGCGCGCGGCCGCAGUGCACUCAAAUGGUUUUGCACGCUGGCGGUGCUCUUGUGACCGCGUGCGGGUUACCGGGGUGAUUUGAUUGACAGGGAGCCGGCUCCGCCCCUUCCUCGAGCCGGACGACCGGCGCCUUGGCGACGGCGGUUGCCGUGGAGGAGGCUCCGCUCCUCCCCUGACGGUGCACUCGGCCGGGGGGAGGGGUGGGAAGGAGUGGGUGGGGAGGCCUGGAAAGAUGCCGGCUCACUCCCCUAAAUCCCGGAACCGAGAGCCGAAAGGUGGCGGCAGGCUGGAGUUCCUGGUGGCGGGGAGGCCUCCGGGCCUCCUGCAGAGAGGGGCCAGCCCCGAGCCUCCGUCGCCUCGGCACCGGGCGGUGCAGCAGCUGGAGGCGGCGGCGGCGGGCUUCCGCCGGGACUCGGGCUCCGGCCUAUACCCCUGCCCGCAGCCCGAGGAGGACUGCAUGAAGCUGAACCCGUCGCUGCUCGGCAUCGCCCUGCGCUCGCUGCUGGCCAUCGACCUGUGGCUCUCCAAGCGCCUGGGGGUGUGCGCCACCGAGGACUCGGCCUGGGGCAGCGCCCGGCCCAUCAUGAAGCUGAUCGAGGUGUCGGGCCACGGCAUCCCCUGGAUCGGGGGCACCUUGUACUGUCUGUGCAAGAGCGACAGCACCGCCGGACACGAAGUGCUGUUCAACCUGCUGCUGGCUUUGAUCCUGGAUCUGGUCCUGGUAGGUAUUGUCAAGUCACUGGUCCGCAGGCGUCGGCCUUCACAUAACAAGAUGGACAUGUUUGCUACCUUCUCUGUGGACAGAUACUCAUUCCCGUCAGGCCAUGCAACCAGAGCAGCAUUGGGAGGUCGAUUCUUCCUCAAUCACUUGGUUUUAGCCAUUCCGCUACGCAUUCUGAUUGUGCUAUGGGUUUGUAUCGUGGGACUGUCACGAGUGAUGCUGGGAAGACAUAACGUGACUGAUGUUGUUUGUGGAUUUAUCAUGGGGUAUCUGCAAUAUAGCCUGGUGGAGUAUAUGUGGUUGUCAUCCAGUAACCUGCAGACAUUUCUGAGAUUAUGUGGACUUAAAUAAUUAAGUGUAGAUUUUUUUUUGUGCAGUCUGUAUCUGUUCCAACUUAUUAUUGUACUGUAUACCUAACACUGUAAAUUGAUAGUGCACAAUUAUUUGAUUUUAUAUUCUGACCUUUUACUUUAACACUGUAUCUUGUUUAGCUAAUGUUCAAAACUCCAAAACAAUGUCUAAUACAGUAAAAUUAUAAUAAGUCAAAUUGCAGGGGAAUUGAUCCACAAUUUCACAUUAAACAGAGCUGCAACAUAGUUAAGACUAAGCACCUAUGUAAUACAAUUUGCUGAUAGACAUGCUCUAUCAAAAACAAAACCAAAUGAAAACACUUAAUGCAGAAAAUAUGUGACAAAUGACUUUACUUUUAAAGUUGUUCUUACCUUACAAUGGCUGGACCUUAUACAGUAAAGGGUAUUGAAAAUGUUGAAUGUUAGCUCUGUUAAAAAAAAACUUUUUGUUUUGCUUAACAUGCUACCUUUGGAAGCGCCCAGUGUUGGUAGUGCAGUCAAAUGUAUUCUGUGUUUUAAUGCAUAGUGUGAAGUCUGGAGCAUUUCUGCAGUCUCUGCGCUUGUUUGCUUAAUAAUAUGGGUGAGACUAUUUUGCAGCCAUUCCCAUGAUAUUGUGCUCUCGUGUGGCCUAAUUUGCUCCAAUUGAUUGAUAUAGUUGUACAAGAAUUGUGCACAAGGUCAGUUGUUCCAGAGUUACCAGUCAGAAGUUUGGCUUACCACUGGUAUCCAUCUAUUGGAAUUUCUAUUUUGCAUUGGAAACACCUGAUAACACAAAAUUCUCUGGUGUAGUUAUCAGAAUUUGACUCAUUGUGAUUUCACUGGAUUUUAUUUUGCUUACUUCCCAAUUCUUUUAUUUUUAGCUGGAAAGAAACAGGUUGAGAUGAGUAUUUCCAUUCCUUGUCAAGUGUUGAGGUACCACCAUAGUAUAAGACAAAUGCAUUUUCCAAGCUUCUGUUUUGGGGGUGUCAAUACUAAAGAGCACCUUUACUACUAGCCCAGAUGUGGAGAUGCUGGUGUUGGGUUCGGGUGGACAAAGCAAAAGUCUGACACCAGAUUAUAAUCCAACAGAUUUAUUUAAAAUCACAAGAUUUUGGAGCUCUGCUCAUUCGUUAGGUGAAGUGGAGGAAUGCGCACAGGCACAGAAUAUAUGGGCAGGGAAAUAAUAACAAGGUAUUUCCAAAUAGUUAAGAAUAUCAAUGGACAAGUACAAAUUGUGACUAAAGUGUCCACAGACUGAGUAACAAGUCUUUGCUGGUAAUCAAGAGUAGAGAGUGUGGUGCUGGCAAAGCACAGCAGGUCAGGCAGUAUCUGAGGAGCAGAAGAAUCGACAUUUUCAG